UGUCUUCACAUCUGGUACAUUCACACGGUCUUUCCACGCGCGAGAUAUUGCUCUCUCUAGACGAAGUCUGUAUUUGUUACUAGAAUAAUACUACCACACAACUCUUUCUCUUACAUCUUGAUUAAAUAUGAGUCAUAUGAUGGAGUUAUCUAACAGGAACCCAUACCCAUUCCCACAAAUUCAAAAUGAUGAAGAUUUUGUAGGCACAAAUAAAGUACAGAAAAAACCAUACGGUGAUCCAACACACAUUGCUCAAAGAAAAGAUCCUUGGAAUAGACUGAACUCAACACCUACUCUAGCCAGCGCAAGACGUGAGGUGUAUCACCACGACCCAAAGGCACCACAAGACAGCUUAGAUUUUAUUCUGAAGGCUCACUAUGACCACCAUGGCCAGUUUCUGAGCAACAGAACUGAAACACUUCACCAAUCAGAAACAUUCACGGAAGAUCAUGGACGUAUUCUGAAGAACAGAGUCGUGGAAGAAGAGAAAAACUUUGACCCCAUGUCACCUCCACUACGCACAAUCGAAAUCCUUAAUCCAAAGAGGGAGAGUUUACACAGUGUUGAAGGGGCCAUCGAAAGCCAUCACAGCGCACAAACCAAUAAUGGCUACUCAAGAAAGCAUGAUGGCGGAUUCUACACAACUUAGUGCCAUUCUAACAUUAUUUAUAAUGUAAAUAAAUAUGCAAACAUUUCCUAGCCACUAAUAAACAAAAAUUUACAUUCUGUCAUUUUUAUAGAAUUAAAGCGUUCUGAAGAAACACAAUAAGUAUGCAUGCUUUUAAUAUUCCAUUUAGUGUAUUCGCUUUUUGUGUGAAAUUACAAAAAUGUCUUCUUAAUUAUUUUGCAGUAUAUUAAUAUCUAUUAUAUUUUACCAUUGUUCUUUUAAAAAAAAUGAGUAAAUCAUUGUAUUACUAAUCCCUGCAAUAUGUUAUACCAAAGAAUGCAGGCCAAUAAAAUAAGAAUUAUAACUUAGUUCACGAUGUAUAGGCCUAUGUCUUGUUUUCUUUACUUGUGAGUGUUUAAUAGUUCACAUCCGAUAGUCAAUUAAUUUAAGGGUUAUGUGUUGACAACGGACCGUUUACGCUCAGCCCAGCUGAAGUUUGGUUUCCAUAGAAUCGCUACACAGUCGCUACAGUGUUUUCACUGCAAUUCUUACACUGCGUAGCUGUCCCCGACGCAAUCAUCGGGAAUUGAGCGCUCCCUGUUUCUACGAUGGACUUAUUAAUAGUUAAAAGGUCCAUGAUUCAACUGUGCAUCGAUCUAACAGUCGUGCCUGUCUUUGUUAGACAAUCGCAUAUUUUUGGACCUUUUCAAUAUGUAGGCCUACGUUACGCGUACAGAGGGUGGGUGGGGGAAGGGGGUACGGAAAGGAAGGUGAUAAACCCCAGUGGUGCGAGAAUUUCCAAAAUGAAAUUUUCCCUACCGCAGCUAUAAACUACUGCAUAACAAAAUGAACAAUAUGUUAAAACUCAGGUUUCAUUAGAAAACAGCUGCAUUUUAGUUAUUUUUUUAAACAUUGACUUAACAAAACAGAUGUUGAACAAUGACUGUUGACUGUUAAAUGCUCUGAUAACUGAACAGAAAAUCUCAAUUCAAUAUGGUACAUUUUUUAGUUUUUCAAAAUUUAAUUUUCUUCACUGCGUGGCAAGUCAGAGACGUGUUUUUUUUUCUUUUUUUUUUCUUGUGCGAUUUUACGAUGCUAACAGAAUAUUCGAAUAAAAAUAAUUUGUUGACAUUUAUUUUAAUGAUGGAAUAACGAUUAAUUAUUUUAUAAAGAUUAACGUCAUGGCGAUGUUUUAUAAGGUCUAAGUAAAGAAAUAUUAAAUCAGUCUAUUUGGAGUGUA